GCUGGAAUAUGGGAAAUUCGCCUUUUAAUCCUGGUGUUAACAGUGGCUUUCGGGUGCUUUGUAGAUGGCAGAGAUCUGUGUCAGUCGGUUGCUACGUUGUGAAAGAGGCCGGGCUUGUUUCCCAGGGGAAUUCCAUUAAGAUUGCUAAGACAACCCCAGUUUUUAAGCCCUCUGGUGUUUUUAAUAAAUACACUGUAGCCAAGAGCCAAGAGCUGUUCUUGUCACUGGAGCGUUGGUGCCUGACUGUGCACGGCUCAAUGGGGAGACUGAUCUGAAGCUUCAGUUCUCCGGCUGCGUGCUGCUCGGAGCUCGUGUUGUACCUCACAGCGGAUAGAGCCGCUGCUUUGUUGCUCACCUGCUCAAAGCCACGGUGUCUGGGGGAUGGGAUGAAGCUUCCCGUGCAGAUCUCUUUGUCUGUAGAUGCUGCUGCAUCCUCAAGCUUACCAAAACUCUUCGGAGAGUUCCUAACGAUCCCCUCUGUGGCGUGAAACUUCUGCGCCACGAUUUACUUUGGGGACUUCGUUGACGAGGGUCAAAGCCAUAAAUUACCACUGCAAACGUACUUGAUACUGAGAAAAAAGCUUGUUGGCUGGACCGUACGUCUUCCGUACAGUAGAUGUCCCCACUAGCCCGUGUGAAAUCUGCACUCAUCCGGCUGCAGUGGCCACGGGGAUUUUUCUCCGGGCAGAAAAAAGGUGCAGCAACUUCUGCCGGAAUGCCUGCUGCUCGUUGCUUGGAGAAGGGGAGAACUCGGUCCGAGCACUGGGGCUGGGUGGCUCUGCCACGGAUUUCCCUCCCCACUCCUCUGUGUUUUUUGUUCAAGAAGGAUAGUGGAUAGUCAGCAGGAAGCCCUCGCUGAUAGCAGCUCCGUAGCAAGCCGUGCCCUCGCUCUGCCUUACUUCACUGUUUUUUCUCCUUCCAACAGGCACGCUGUGCUGAUAUGGCUAAAGGGAACGGCACCGUGGUGACCCAGUUCGUCCUCUUAGGACUGACAGAGGUGUUCUUGCUGGCCGUGAUGGCGUACGACCGCUACGUAGCUAUUUGCAACCCCUUGCUCUACACUAUUUCUAUGCCCAAGAGUCUCUGCAUGAAGCUGGUGGCCGGCUCGUACCUGGGGGGCGUUCUGAACUCACUAACCCAAACGUGCUGCUUGCUGCCCUUGCCGUUCUGCGGCCCCAAUCUCAUCGACCACUACUUCUGUGACACCAACCCUCUGCUGAAACUCACCUGCUCCGACGGCCGCCUCAACGAGCUCCUGCUCGUCGCCUUCAAUGGGACCAUUUCCAUGACCGUGCUCCUCAUCAUCAUCAUCUCCUACGCCUACAUUCUCCUCUCCGUCCUGAGCAUCAGGUCUGCCGGCGGGCGGCGCAAAGCCUGCUCCACUUGUGCCUCCCACCUGCUGACUGUCGCCUUGUUCUACGUGCCCGCCGGCCUCAGCCACAUGCAGCCAGGCUCCAAGUACUCGCUGGACACGGAAAAGGUCACGGCAGUGUUUUACACCCUGCUUGUGCCUAUGCUCAACCCUCUGAUCUACAGCUUGAGGAAUAAGGAUGUCAAGGACAUGCUCAGGAGAGCAGGAGAGAAAAUAUUUUCUCGGGCUGCUCACUGAGGAAAUUGGCCCUGGUCAAUUAAGGGGGUGUUGAGAAGGGGAGGGUGUGAGUGUUUUACAUCAGCUCUCUGGAGCAGUAAGGAGCCGUCGUUAGAGAAACCAACGCAGCCCAUUUGAACCGAGCUCUGAAAUUUGCAGGGGCUCCGUGUUGCACAAUGCUCCGUUUCGAACGGUCUCAUUAAGCAUUUCCUCGUCACAGUGUUCUGUGAAGUGGCGGAGGCCACAUGACUGGAGGUGGUGAAAACAAACUCUUAAGGGAUCUCCUUCCCCAGCUUGGUUUCGUAAGAAUUUGCAGUGAUUCGAGCAGUGAUUCCUCCAGGAGCAAGCUCAGCGACUGGAGGGCUCUUUGGACUGGAGGCAAGUUUGCUGGGCUUUUGGCCACAUUACCUUCUCGGAGGAGCCCCCCAAAAAAACUCUGGGACAAAUCUGAGGUGUUCCCCUGCUGCUUCUUAAAGGGGCAGUGUACUCUGACUCUCCUCUGUUACUCAGCAAUGCAUCCCCUUUCCUUGGUUGCAUUUCCCUUAGAAAAACCCCGCUUUACAAAGAUGCUUACUGUGAGACAUGCGAUUAAUUCACUUCUGCACGCGUCCAUGGAACCGUGGCUGUACACGUUCUGCCAGAAAUUACGUAGUUCAUGGAAGACAAAGGAUGUGUCUUUGAGAUUAAACAUUAAA